AUGGCUGCAAACCAAUAUCUGACUACUGAUAGUAACAGCAACUUAGUUCAUUUACAGAGUCAGCUGGAGACUUUACAGAACAACCUAACAAAUCCAGCAUCAUUGAAGUUUUUUAAUUCAAAAAAUAUUUUAGCUAUAGAAUGUUUAACAUGUUUGGUACAGUUUAUCUCUGAUCCACAAGUUAAGAUACCUGUAGCUCAUCACUGUUUUAUGGUCUUCAAUAAUUUAGUGAAAGACAGCGAAAUACGUGAAGUUUUACAGAAGAAUUUCCAUCUUGGUGGAAUAUUGUCCAGUGUUUUACGUAAUUUAUUAGACAGACAAUCUGAUGAUAUUAUUGUUGAGUGUUUAGAAUUGUUAUUAAGAUUAACAUAUGGUCAAACAGUCAACUAUCAUGAUAAUAACACACAGUUAUUAUUGUCCUACCUCAUUACUAACAUAUGUGAAAAUUCAAGUGAAUUAACUCAGCCAUGUUUAGGAUUAUUGGCUAAUAUCUGUAGAAAUAAUAUAACAGUACAGAAACACAUCAGAGAUUCCGCCCACAAGAAACUGUACAGAACAUUAAUCUCUUCACUGAGUGAUAAAAAUAAAACUAUUAUAAUAUUCUCUAUAUCUAUUAUUUUUAAUGUGUUUCAACAUGAAGAUUUGGGGGAAAAGAUGCUCAGUGGUAAGAACCUGAUCAAUAUUCUUCAGUUAUUGUUUAAUAUAUUAUUAAAUGGUGAUUCUGGUUUAACUCAGAGAUAUACAGUAGAUGUCUUCAGAGAUAUUAUUAAAAAUCAGAAAACACUACGCACUUUAAUCAAGCAAAUAUUUGAACUGAUAAUUGAUCUAUGUACAGUGAGUCCAAUCAGAAGUAUUAUCUGUAAGAUAAUGUUAAAAUCACCACCAGUGACUGACUCAGGCCAGCUAGAUCAAUUAUUACAACUUCCUAUCAACCAGACCACAUCCCCUUUACACGCUACUAUUCACUGGGCAGCCCAGUCAGUUAACAAUACUAGUAGUCACUUCACAUCACUACUCGCUUUAGAUUUCUUAAAGGAAAUAUUUGAGGAGGUUUUGUAUACAGAUGAUAAAACAGGUCACAGUCAACAUACUGAAAUUACUGUAUUUUUAUUGUUAAACCUACUACAAUAUAAUACAAAGUUUAACCCUACUGGAACUGAAAUAAAAAAACACCUAGAAAAAACAGUUAAAGUGUUACAAUUUCUCACAGUUUUCAGUACUGAGGAUGAAAUAAAAAAAUCUAUAGCCAGUCAAAUUGAUAUUCAGCUAUUUCCAACCAUCUUGGAUUUUCAAUUGAACCAUAAUAAAGAUAUUUAUAUGAAUCAAAUGGCAGAUAAAACACAAUAUCAUGAUUGGAGUGAUGUGGGGAAGUUUACAGUAUUAUUGUGUUUAAAUCUGAUGUCUAAAUUCAGGCGAGUUGUUCCUAACUUAGAUCAGUGCUUCAUCACAUAUUUACAGGACAGUAAACUUGUACCAAUAUUGGCGUCAUAUUUAACAUCUGGUAAUAAAGAUCAUGUACAAAUGGCGCUACAGCUGAUAUCAACGGCAGCUCAACUAGAUAUUUAUUUAGAUGUUGUUUUAUGUGAUUCAAUAGCUUCUAUAAAUAAUAAUAAAACUGUGUUGGCAUCACCAAGAGAAUAUUUUGUGGACCAUCUUGCUGGUUCAUCCCAGACAACAUCAGUUUUAUUACAAACCAGAUCAGUAGAUAAAGAGAACGUACAUCCUAUAAAUAAUGGUGUUAAACCAACUCCACAGGAAGAAACAUCCAUCCAGAAAUUGGUCAGUAAAAUGGAAUCCAGUUUCGAGAUGAAAGACCACAAAGUGUCAAAUAUUAUUCAACUUUAUGAACAUCAACUACAAUCACUAAAGGUUAAUGAAGAACAUCUGGAGAAUCUGUUAAAAACUAAAAGUUUAGAGUUAGUUCAAUCAGAUAGAUUAAUAUCACAGUACAGAAUUAGUGGAGCUAGAUUUGAGGCUGAUUCUCAGAAUCUACGCAGUGUGUUACACGAGUCUGAAAAAAAGAGUGAAUCUUUGUUAGACAAACUCAAUGAAAUGAGAAUAAAAAAUAAUCAACUGGAAGAACAAGUUGAUCUAGAAAAUCAAAAAGUAGCACAUGUACUAGAGGAGUAUGAAGAUUUGAAAACAAAUUAUAGUGAACUAGUAGAUAGUGGAGAAAAGAUGAGAAGAAAUUUAAAUACACUCAAACAAGAAAUGGAAUCUAAAGAAGAGAUGUAUGACAUGUUGCAGAAAUAUCAUGCUGAUCUCAAACAACAAAAUGACAAAACUUGUGAUCAGUUAUAUACUCUAGAAAAAGAAUGGAAACUACAAGAAAAAAUAUUGAAAGAAAAAGAAGCUAAACUCCAAGAAAUGACUGAAUUGUACAGUAAAUUAGAAACGAGGUUUGACACAACAUCUAAAGAAAAGGAAGAACAGGAGAAAGUCAUUGACAAGUUGCAAUGUGAACUCUGCAAAUUAUCUAAUGCUAAAAAAGAAAUACAAUUGAAGGUGAGCUCCCUAGAAAAGGUGUGUCAGGACCAUGAGGCCACUAUUCAAGAAAAAGAUCAAAUUAUAGAGGAACAAGACGAACAAAUUUCUAAACAUGCUCAAAUAGCAGCCUUAAUACAGAGUUCAUGUGCUCCAACCACUCGUGGAAAGAAAAAAUAACAUUUGAACUAUGCCAAAUUAUGAAAAGUGCUCUUUAUAUAAAUGUGCUAUGUGUUUAAAUACAAAAUUUCAAUUAAAAGUCUCAGACUUGAUCAACAAGUGUAUAAUAUAUUCAUCAGUUGGACUUACCAGGUACCAUGACUAAACAAUAGAAUCUCUAAGACGAUUUAUCCAUUAAACUUAAUAAUUAUUGAAACAUGCUUCUAAGCAUAUACUUGUUUAAUGGAUUAUUACUUAGUUUUAUGUAUUUAUUGGAUUAUAGAGGUAUUCUGUCAUAUAUUUUUGACACCAUGUAAGUCCGCUGAUAAACAAAAGAAUUUUGUUUAUUUGGAUGAUAUUUUUAGCAUACCAAUCCUUAAAAUGUCUUUGAAUUGUUUUCAUGAAUUGAUUGAUUUAUUGUAUUUUCUUUUUUCAAUGAAUGAAUACAUUUUUUUUUUAUAAUAUUAUAGUUGACUGCAGACAUUCUAGUGACAUAAACCAGUAAAUGAGAUGACUUCACAAUGUCAACAAAAUUCUGUAAAUUUGUGUUUAAUGGGAGAAUAGAUUACCUUGCAGCUUUAUUUUGAUUUUGACUUUCAAUGACAUUCUUCAUAAGGUUGACUGAAAAUAAAAGCCAUGAAUUCAGAAUGUUAUUAUCAGAGAAUUGCAUUUACAUGUAAAUAAAUAUGUAUGUAUAUUUUAUUGUAUAAAGUGAUGUAUUGAAAAUUGUAUUAUACUGUUUGUAUUAAAUUGUCUAUGAUU